GGAAAGGAGAGACUGAGACAGAGCUGUAUCACACCGAGUGUCCACCGAAUGUUUGCCUCUUCACGCUGCCAAUGAACACCCCUCACAUUCCUAUGUGUGCCAGUUGACAUACUGAACGAUAAGGGCCAGGCUUUCACCCCUGCGAGGAUACAGGAGUCCUAUAGCGGUCUGUGUGUUUUUUUCAGGAGCACCUGACAUUUCCUGUGGCAGAUUUACUCACUGGAUCAUGGCACAGACUAACAGCAGCGGGCAGGGGACCAAUGGGGUAGCAGAUGAGUCCCCCAACAUGAUAGUGUACAGAAAGAUGGAGGAAGUAAUAGCACGCAUGCAGGAUGAGAAAAAUGGAAUCCCCAUCCGAACAGUGAAAAGUUUUCUAACCAAGAUCCCCAGUGUUUUUUCAGGUUCUGACAUCGUACAGUGGAUGAUCAAGAAUCUGGACAUCGAGGAUCCAGUGGAGGCACUUCACUUAGGAACACUGAUGGCUGCACAUGGCUACUUCUUCCCCAUCUCAGACCAUGUCCUCACUCUCAAAGAUGAUGGCACUUUCUAUAGGUUUCAGACUCCAUACUUUUGGCCAUCAAAUUGCUGGGAACCCGAAAACACAGACUAUGCUGUUUACCUCUGCAAAAGAACAAUGCAAAAUAAAGCACGUCUGGAGCUUGCAGACUAUGAAGCGGAAAGCUUAGCAAGGUUACAGAGAGCUUUCGCCAGGAAAUGGGAGUUCAUAUUUAUGCAAGCAGAAGCACAAGCAAAAGUGGACAAGAAAAGAGACAAAAUUGAGAGGAAAAUUCUCGACAGUCAAGAAAGAGCAUUCUGGGACGUGCACAGACCAGUGCCUGGAUGUGUGAAUACAACAGAAGUUGACAUAAAGAAAUCCUCCAGAAUGAAAAAUCCACACAAAACUAGAAAGUCUGUUUAUGGGCUGCAGAAUGAUAUCCGCACCCACAGCCCAACCCACACCCCUGCUCCAGAGGCCAAGCAGCCGACAGAAGAGGAACUGCAGGAACAGAUUACCUUUUGGCAAUUACAAUUAGACAGGCAUCGACUGAAAAUGUCCAAAGUGGCAGAGAGUUUGCUGGGUUACACGGAGCAAUAUGUUGAAUACGACCCCUUCCUCACAUCUCCGGACCCAUCCAACCCCUGGAUCUCAGAUGACACCAUGAUCUGGGAACUCGAAGCCAGUAAGGAACCAGGCCAGCAGAGGGUAAAGAGAUGGGCGUUUGGUAUCGAUGAGGUUCUCAAGGAUCCUGUGGGCAGAGAGCAGUUUCUCAAGUUCCUUGAGUCUGAGUUCAGCUCUGAGAAUCUCAGGUUCUGGCUAGCAGUCCAGGAAUUAAAGAAGCGCCCCAUUAGAGAAGUCCCCACUCGGGUUCAGGAAAUCUGGCAGGAGUUUCUGGCCCCCGGGGCACCCAGUGCCAUCAACGUGGACUCCAAGAGCUACGACAAAACCACCCAGAAUGUCAAAGAUCCUGGACGAUAUGCCUUUGAAGAUGCACAGGAACACAUCUACAAAUUGAUGAAGAGUGAUUCUUACAGCCGUUUCAUCCGUUCCAGUGCCUACCAGGAGCUAUUACAGGCCAAGAAGAAGAAAAGUAAGAAUUUGUUCUGAAGGCUCUUGGUCUCAGUACAGGGGAAACCACUGGCAUACGAGAGAUUGACUAGUCGCACCAUCAUGGUAAAAUGAAUGGCUUCCCUCUCUCUGGGACAUGGAGAGGGGGACCAUCUCACCAUCAUCAUUGUCCUUCAUCUGCUCUUGGCUCAGCUGAGUGAUAAGCCAAGCCGCCUGUUCGUCUUUUGUCCACAGGAUGUUGCAUGUCCAUGGAGAGGAGGCUCCUGCUUCCCUCUCCUCUUUCAGUACCUGACAUAUUUCCAGUUUUCUCAGAAAGAAGGCACUGCUGGACUUGUGAGGACACUGAGAGACUGUCAAGACGAAACAGAAGAAAAUCAAUUCUAGUGGUCCAGUACUUUCACACCAUAACUCCUGGACUGCAGCCCCCUCUCUCACUUUCAGCUGAAACAAAUGAUGUCAGAGAGAAAAAAAAACACAUAGAAAAACUUAAAAUGACAGAUUAAACUAACCAAUGUCAUAGCUUUACAUGGUAUGAGGUUACAGAUACUUUGUCACGCUAUGGGAAGUGUUGUGCAGAAUGAAUAUACAAUAUAUAUAUAUACAUAUACAUAUAUAUAUUAUGAUCCUGAUUAUUAUUUAUUGUGCAUUUAUUUUGCUUUGCAUUAUUUUAUUGCACUACAAUAAUUAGCACAUAUGGUUCUCAUUGCACCUGUAAAGUCACAUUUAAACUUACAAAAUGUCUCCUGUCUUAUGUAGAACAUAAUUCUUUGUUAUUCUCUCCUGCAUUUAUUUUUAUACCAUAUUUAAAGACACUUUUACUUACUUGUAUUAUUAAAGUUGGCCCUCUCUCUGUUA